AUCGACAAAGAGACCGCAUGAUAGACAAUGCGAUAUAUAAACCUCUGUACAUGUAUACAUUUUACACUUGAAACAAUCUAUUUGUACUAUAAACAUGGCUACUUUUUCUACAACUUCUAAAUCAAAAAAUUCAUGAUGGAUUUUCUUAUAUUCGUGACAAAACGCAUAGUACCAAAAUUUAUUGGAAAUGUGAAGAAUCUCGCGAUUCAAAUAUUAAAUGUGAAGCUCGUGUGUAUACAGAUUUACUUAAUACCGUUAUUUUUGUCAACAAUAAAUCACAUUUACAUUCUGCAAAUGCUAUUAAGCUUGAAGUUCGCAAAGGUUAUGAAGAUCUUCGUUAUCGUGCAAUAAAUAGCAACGAACCACCAGCCAAUAUCGUUGCAAAUUCAUUCGGUGCACUUUCCACUCUUGCACAAGCGCAAUUACCCUCAAAACAUAAUCUAAAACGUUUAGUUAAGCACCAUCCAUCAAUUAAUGCAAUAACAAAAUUAUUUCCUACCUGUGUGCCAUCUGGCUGUUUUUUUCAUUUACGUCAAAGUCUUUAUCGACAAGUUAAGACACUUGGAUGGAAGAAUCGAUACGAUGCAGAUCCAUUAUUUGCUUACAAUUGCACUCGUGUAGCUGCAUUAGCUUUUUUACCACUACAAGAUGUCAUAGUAGGAUUUGUUUUUUUGUCUGAAGACUUAACAUUAGAUUUACAAGAUUUUUUGAAUUAUUUCGAAGACACGUAUAUCGGACACUUGCGUGCAAGCAGUGUUAGAGCAAAUCCGAAAUUUGCUGUUGAAUUAUGGAAUAUGCACAGUCGUACAGAUCAAGCAAUGCUUCGAAGCAAUAAUCAUGUUGAAGGGUGGCACAAUAAAUUACACAAAUCGUUUCAAUGUGAACAUCCUACAUUACUAUUUUCAAAAAAAUCCGGUCCCGAUCGUAUUCACACGAGGUUGGGACAUCACGCCCGACCGGGAUCGUCCCGCGGAUCUCUAGGUCUCGAUCCCGUAAAAAGUCUCGUGGGAUCGGGACAGUCCCGGAGACCUCUACUCAUGCUGUAG